UUUGCCCGCCUCCACCUGAUGGCUCGGCGGCCCCUGCGCGGCUUCUGAGUGGCUCCGACAGCUGCUGCUCUCGCCCUCCCUCUCCCGUCGUUCCUAUGGUUACGCCCCUCUCGGGCGCUCUCCCCCUCCUCCUCCUGGGCCCGGUAGUUUGGGGGCCGAGAGGUGCUGCGUGGAACCGGGACGGGCCGCCAUGGAGAGAGGCGGUGAAGCCUCGAGCCCGGCCACGGACAUGUUCUCUCUGGCUGGGCUUGGAGCUGCGCUGACGACUGUUCCGGAGACUCCCGACGCCGCCUCGCUGAGCUACUUGCAGCUUCCCUGGCAGCGGGAGCGCCGCGUGUGCAAGAUGCCCAGCCAUCGCCGCCGCAGGGCCGCCCGCCUGCACCGCAAGGUGGGGCCUAUGGGCAAAGAGAUCCACGCUUUGAAACGGUUGAGAGAAGCUGCCAAUGCUAAUGAUUUAGAAACAGUGCAGCAGCUUCUGGAAGACGGGGCUGACCCCUGUGCUUCUGAUGACAAAGGCCGAACAGCCCUGCACUUCGCUUCCUGCAAUGGCAAUGACCACAUUGUGCAGUUGCUUUUGGACCAUGGAGCUGAUCCAAACCAGCGAGAUGGUUUAGGAAACACUCCCCUGCAUUUGGCUGCUUGCACAAAUCAUGUUCCUGUCAUCACCACACUGCUCCGCGGAGGUGCUCGAGUAGAUGCCUUGGAUAGAGCUGGAAGGACCCCGCUGCACCUGGCCAAGUCAAAGCUAAACAUAUUGCAGGAAGGCCUUUCGCAGAGCCUUGAAGCAGUUCGUCUUGAAGUAAAGCAGAUAAUCCAGAUGCUGCGGGAAUACCUUGAACGUCUUGGUCGCCAUGAACAGCGGGAACAAUUGGAUGAUCUUUGCACCAGGCUACAGAUGACUAGCACAAAAGAACAAGUGGAUGAGGUUACUGACCUCUUGGCCAGCUUCACCUCCCUCAGCUUGCAGAAGCAAAAGAUAGAGAAGAGGUAACAGGCUUUCUUGCUGCUCUCUCAACUGAAAGGAGAAGCUGGAGCUGCCCUGCUGCCAAUGUCAAUCAUGUUUUUCCUCUUGGCUCCAUGCUGAGCCUGGACUGGACUGCAUGGCGCCGUCACUGCCUUGGAUGGUUCCUCUGGGGCGAGAGGUUCAUGUUGAAGUCCUGGCCUUGUGAAGAAGGGGCUGAACUUUUCACUCUCUUGCUUUAACAAGCAGGGAGCAAAAUGUUUUUGGUAUGCUGCCCUUUCCAAGACAUCCCUAAGGCCCUGAAAGUGGUAGAUCCAUUGUACUUCAAGCACAUCUGGGAAACAGCUGUCUGGUACACCAUCACACUCAAGUCUGCCUCUAAUUUCAUGUUUUUGGUAUUCAAGCACAUGAAUCAAUGAACAUUUGUACAAAUGAUGAGAGGUGCUUAUACCCCUUGGUGGGCAAUUUUUUAAAAAACUGAGAGUGCUGAGGGGCCAGUAAUACUGCUGUGCCCCCUACUGAGAUAUAAAAGGCUGUUUAACACACACACACCCCAAGAUUUCAAGCUCCUCAACUCCCAUUUCACUCCCAUUUCCUGUGUUUUGAAACAUGCACAAGAAUCAGUAGCUGAAGUAUGCAAGGGGAGACAGACUCCUGCUAAGUGUUUUCUUGCUGUUCAUUUUGGAGGCUAGCAGCAUGUGGGUGAAAGAGCUCUUUGGCUUGCUCAGUCUGUGGAGAAGAAAGGUUUAGUUGAAUAAUAAGGAGGUCCCUAGCACCAGAUUGGGAAGUUAUGCUGAAGCCAGAUGGGAAGUCCCUGGGGGCCAGUGACUCUCCUGGCCCCAACAUGCCUGUUCAUACCGUAUAUCCUUGUCCCCCACCCCGAGGUAUUUAAUUUGGCCUGUUCCAGAAAAACCAAGAAAGAAUUAACUUUACAUAUUACUUUUUCCUUACAAGGAACCUGCAUAUUUUAUUGAGGGAAUAAGUUGUUUGCUUUCCUAAUGGGGAUGUGUGAUUUGGACAAUUGACAUUUACUGGACUGUGCUAAGCUUCAGUUAAGUGCAAAAGUCUUUUUUGUUGUUUAUAUCAUAGAUUUGUUACACACAACUGUCAAGGAAAGCUUGCUUUCUCAUUUGGGGGCCAAAAGAGAAACAUCUUCACAGGUCUACUAAGAAGAGGGUUUGCCUUACACAAAGGGAGGGACUGGACCCCUGAUGCAUGCCAGCCUAGCCAGCAUUCUACAACCCUUCAAGGAUGUAGUCACUUCACAACACUGUGUUUUGACUUCAGCCUGCUCACAAGUGUGUAUACUUAGCAAAUUAGUUCUCAGGAGUCACUGGUCGUGUUCCCUGCAUCACUGACAUUCCAAGCCUGGUUUAGGACCUUGAGACUAGUAAGAUAUUAUGACCUUUGCUUUUUAAAUAGGCUGUUUUUAGGGCAGAGAAGACUUAACUGGAUUCAUAUCUUUAGAUACAAGUCUAAAUCAUGACCCAAGCAGCUUUGAUAGAGACUCAUGAACGCUCAGGGGAGGAAAGUUUGGGGCUGACUUGACUCUGACCUUGCUGGAGUCAUCACUGUGAAUAUGAAGAACUUCAUGCCAAUGUGCAAGGAGGGUGGGAGGCUAUUUGAACUUUUCCACUGUAGAUUUCAAUAAAAAUAGUGGCUGCUUUCAA